AUGAAGCCUGACAGCGACAACGACGUGGAUACCGGUGCCAAGAGAAAGAUGAAGGACCACGGAGACGAUUCGAGCAGUGACUACCAGCCCAUAAGCAAGCCGAGAAAAUUCCGAGAGAAGUACCAAAAAACGAAUCAUGACGAGGAGAAGAAGGAGAACAAAAAACGCAAACAGUCAAAUAAGCACAGCUUCAGCCACAAGAGGAAGAAACAACAGCCCCUCGAGUCCAAUGCCGAUGACAACGGAGCUCAGGAUUCUGACAAGGAUAAGAACGACAAUCAUCCACCUAAGCCCUCGGUGACGAACGUUGCUAAAGGGAUUGUCCAAACAGUUCAAAAGUUCGGCAGCGAUAUUAGCGAUGCCACGGGACAACUCCUCAACAACGUCAACAGCAUGUCACCCACAAUCGAGACAUGGACAAAACGAGGACAGGAGCUGGCUGAGCAGAUCCGCGGAGAAGGCUUCUCGAUCGAAGGCGAAAUACUCACCAAUGCCCAGGGACCCUUCAGUUUGCAUAUGAAAACACCGAGCUUCGAGUACAGGUCACCGGCUUUCGUGAUUGACACCGAUUAUAAGAACUACGCUGUCAUCUGGGCGUGUCAGAACAAUCUCAUCAACGGAUUCAUGCGUCGAGAGAAUAUCUGGGUGCUAUCGAGAAACAAAACGCUCGAUUCUACCAUCAAACGUGCCUUGCACGAGAGACUGCGGUCGAAGACCUACGCCACCUAUUUCCUCAUGCCGACGGAUCAAACCAACUGUAAAUGA